AUGUAUUCACUUUAUCAACAGAAAUGCAAUGAGUCCGUAUCUUCCCAGCAACUUUCCAUACCUUAUUGCAGCUGGGGCUCAACUCAGACUCCUGUGAGUGGUCCUUCUAUUUUGGAAAAUAAUGCCAACUCUUACGACACCAAAGCUUUUGGAAAGGCAAGCUGGAAAAGAGUUUUUCAGCAAGAUUCUUGUUUAGAAGAAAGGUUGUACAAGUUACCUGAAAGACCACUUUCUGUAACGCUCAGCCUUAUGUUCCCUGAGAAGGCUGUCAAAAGUUAUAAGGCUUACAUCUACGUAUCUCCACAGCACGCUAUGGAGCAAGAAGAGAGAAUAAGUAUAACAGAGUUGGUGUCCGGGAUUGACUCUGUGAGUAAAGCUUUGGAGAAUGAGAAAAAGGAGAACUUCUCAUCUCUCAGCAGAUCCUUGGAUUUACCCUGUGCUUCUCCUAGACCAUAUGGUAUUCCUGGGUUUCGGAUCACACACAAAGGCAAAGUAUACCAGGACUGGAGAGGCAUGAUUGCACCAAAUCCUGUGAAGGAGUACAGCCAAGCAAGGCAAAAAAGCAUGAAAGGCAAGGAGGUAUGUAAAAUGACCAAGCAUUGUGCUGCAUUAAGUGCUAAGUCAGAAAGGAGGAAUAUGAGUGACAAACGCCUCGACCUUCAAACUCAGAAGAAAAAUGUAACUCACCUGGAAGUCUUCGAAGUCUCGUGAAAGCAUCCUAGAAGUAGAGAAGUACUUAAAACAGUCAUUUGCAUUCAAAGAUAUGUGAGAGGAUGCCUUGAACACAGGGCACUCAAGAGAGUAAAGAUUAAGUCUACAAGUCGUGGACCAUCCCUACCAGCAGUUGUAAGGUACUACUGUAAAAUGAUACACCGCAUUAAAUGUUGAGCUGAUGUUUUGGAUCUCUCUACACCACUUCGGUAGUUUGAAUUAGAGGAGUGGAUGGACAAGAAAAAAUUUUAUGAAACAAUGUUUUCCAAGAGAGAAUUUGACAAAAAGAUGGACAGAAAUGAUCUGCCUGAAUUUUUGAGAGACUGUGGAUAUUCAAUAUCUGCUAGUGGAACACAGCGUGUCUUCCAGCUUGUCUGUCCAGCUUCCACUGCUGCUCUAAGAAGCAUCAAAAAGCAUCAAGCAAUUGAAAUGGCAUUCACAUUAUUUCCACUUCUUGGUGCAAAAGUGAAGAACCUAAUUACAGUGCCGCUACCAUGGGUGCACCCUCUCAAGGAUGGAAAAGAUGGAUCCAAGAAAUUAGCAUUUUCCCAUCAAAUGUCAAAGAAAGCUGAUUUUCAAGUGUCAGCUGCAUUAGCAACUUCUUCAAUGAGAGUGGAAAAGAAAAUCAGCUCUCUGAUCAGUAUUUCUGGUGCCACUGCAUGA